GGAGGCUGACGGACACGGCCUCUUCUUCUUCUUCCUCCCGGUCGGAGAGUCCUCAGCUGCUCAGUCCUAAAGAGGGGGCCAGCGCCCCGCCCCCCAGCGUGCACGCCCCCCUGCACACCUUCAUUGACAGCGGGAUCCAGCUGAUCUGCGUUUCCAAGGGAACGGGCUUGGGGCUAGUCAUCAGGGGCGGAGCUAACCGAGUCGACGGACCAAUGGUGUUCAUCCAGGAAGUGGUUCCUGCAGGAGACGCCCACAAGGACGGCCGUCUGCAUGCCGGGGAUCAGCUGGUCUCGAUCAAUAAAGAGUCUCUGAUCGGGGUCACGUACGAGGAGGCGAGGAGCAUCCUGACCAGAACCAAACUCAGACCGGACCCCACGGUGGAGAUCGCCUUCAUCCACCGCUCCUCUUCCUCCCCCUCCUCUUCCUUGGGGCCCCACAACCCCGUCUCCCAGCAGGGGGCGGGGGGAGCAUCUGUGCCCCAGCAGAGGGCCUCGAUGCUGGGGAACUCAGGGGCCUCAGGAGCCCCGGGGGGGACCAGGAUCACCUCCAGCAGGAACCCAGUCUGUGAGACCCUGCCCCCCGUCAGCGUGAGGCAG